UCUACUCUUACUUUUCCUCCACGGCUGGUUUUCAUCUCCAGUAAUAAAGUUUCAGUCCAACUCAUUUUCUCCUGCAUACCAGAGACCUAUAUAAAGUGGUCGGGGCAAAAGUGAUUGAAUGGAGGAAUUGAGCGAAAAGUUUGAGAAAACGCUAACCUGCAGUGCAAUGGAAGUUGCUGAGGACGUUUCAAAACCUGUGGCGGUGGUCGAUCUGCUUCGUCGAUUUCUCUCCGUGCAGGAGAAUAGAGCCGAAAUUUAUGCACGGCUAAAAAGGGGUUUUACGGAAUAUUUAAGUACAGGCUCUGAUCGGGCAUACCAGCAACUUUGCAGUGAGAUCACUACAGAUUUUAAUGAUUGUUCAAAGCAAGUAAUUGAAAUGGAGUCAAUACUGGGGAGCUCUGAUUACUGUCGGGAAGACCUUGUUAACUUGUUGAAGACUGUUCAAUCCCAUGAGAAACAAAAGCUACACAUGACUGCUACCAUCCAAGUUUUGAAGAAGGCUGGUCGCCCAUCAGAGCGUCUUGUCACACAUGAGCAGUGCCAAUUCAAGGGCAGGCCAUAUCAGCAUCAGUGCAUACAUGUUCAUGAAUUAACAGAAGCAACUGGACUUGAGGAUGCAGAAGCAGAUGCUGAAUAUGAUGCUGCAUUAAAUGAAGCCAUCAGAGCUGUACAGGAAGCAGUAACAUGUAUUAAUGAGCAUGUGGAAGAGAUUAGAUAUGAGAUAGAAGAGUUAGAUUCUAGAGAAUUGUCAGAAAGUUAAUCGCUAUUUGCAGAUGGAUUUACUGGAGCAGACUAUUCGGAAAUUGUUUCAUCCAAUUUUUGUACAAUACAUGAGAGAGACUGCUAUAUGUGAACAUUUUCUUAAGCUUGAAAGAAAGUAAUUCUAUAUGUUUGUAAAUACCUGAGCUUUCUCAGGUCAAAUGAAGGGCAUGGAAUUCCUGCCGAUGUAUUAUCUUGCAGUAAUGGUCACCCACCAGCCUGGAGUAAAGGUACCUAAACAUAAAGAACUACUGGCUAUUGAAAGGGGAUGCCAAAUCAUUAGGAACUUUAGUUAAGUAUGAGACUAUAACGGCAUCAAGGUAAUGUAAAAGGAACUCAGAAAAGUUACAGCCUGUAUCAAUCAGUCGAGUCAUUCUUUUUAUGAAUCAAGAAUCUCAUUUUCAUGGA